AUGUGGUCGGUCCUGCUUGUCUUUUUGUCCUCUUUGGACAGAAACCUGGUCAAAGGAGGCUUAGUAAGCAGCGCACUGGACGCAAAGAAACUGAACAAAGAGACCUUUUGCUUCAAAGUUUCGUCUCUUGAAGGAAAUGUUCUCUAUGAAGUAUCUAAUGGGGUGGAAGUGGUGCGCUCACUGAUGAGCGCUGCGGGUUCGCUCGUAGACUGCUCCAUCAGUGAGGCUCCAGAGCAGGUGGCGGCUUUUACGCGUGAGUGCAAGACUGGACAAGGAGAAACCACGACGGAGAAGCCGGUUCCUGCGCCUUAUGGUGAAACAAAGCUGCAAUGCGAGCGAUACCAGCAAAGCGCAGAACUUUCAGAUAAGGACCAAGUGCAUAAACGCACCAGGCGAGGCUUCACAUAUCCCGGGACACUGUGGUGUGGAGCAGGGAACAUGGCUGACAACUACAACCAACUAGGGGAUUUUGCCGACACAGAUAGCUGCUGUCGAACCCAUGACCACUGCCCUCACGUUAUCCAUGCCUUUUCCUCCAACUUUGGCUACACAAACUUCAAAUGGCACUCCAUCAGUCACUGUGACUGUGAUGAAGCGCUCAAAGCAUGUCUAAGGAAAGUCAACGACACAUCUUCCAGAGUUGUUGGACAAGCUUUCUUCAAUGUGAUUGAAGCGCCCUGCUUUAACUUGGCGUAUGAAGAGCAAUGUGUUGAGCGCCACUGGUAUGGCCUAUGUAAACGGUUUGAGAAGCGGCCAAUUGCAAUGCUCAUAGACGCUGUCCCAUAUGACUUUGGAGGCAUUGAUGUCAUUGAUGAGCUGACCGUGGCUCCCUCUCGGGAAAAAGAGUCCAAUAAAAGUGGAGAGCAGGUGCAACCUGAGCCGAGCUCUCAGUCUCCAGUGACCAGCAGCUCUGAAGAGCCCUCCCUGAAAAACGUGAUGACUGCUGCCGAGGACUUCAUAAAAGUCUUGGCCACUGUGUCUACUUCACAGAGCUCCACAGAAGACAAAGAUGCACAGAGUACAGAAAAGAAGAAGAAAAAGACUUCACAAAAGAAAAAGAAAACUAAAAAGCCAAAAGGAAAGGGUAAGAAGAAGAAGCAGAAACAGGACACCGUUGUGAAAAUGGAAGACAACAGUGCUGUUCCUCUGACCAGUCCCAAAGAGGAGGGGGCCACAAACCUGAGUAACUUCCUCAGUAAGUCUCAGAUGGGAAGAGCGUCCAGCAAAAUUUCAACAAGAAACCACAUCUUCAACAUCACAGCCACAGGAACAAGGGACCAUGAGCACACCCGAAAGACCACACACUCUGAACACACGUCCCAAUGA